UCUCUCUCUCUCUCUCUCUCUCUCAAUCGCUCGACAUUUCCAAGGUAAAAAAAGGAGAAAAGAAAAAUUCUCUCUUGAUCUUUCCCUUUUUCGAAUCUGUAGAGAUCAGGAGACCCCUCUGGCCUUUUUUCUUUUUCACUUCUCCGGUUUUGGAGAUACUGGGAGGGUUAGGAGCGUGUCGAAUUCACAGGUUUGAGGUUUAUACUAAUAGAGCCUCGCAAUCUUGUGGGGUUCGUGGCUUGGGUUCUUAAGUUAUGAUAGAAUUUUGAGAAUUUGUGCGUUGGGUGAUCUGAGGAAUCCGAGUGUCAUAAUAUGUAUACCGUAGGGAGGCUUAUAACCAGAGGGGUUUACACUGUCUCGGGCCCCUUUCACCCUUUUGGUGGGGCUGUGGAUAUCAUUGUGGUGGAGCAGCCAGAUGGUAGCUUUAAAUCCUCGCCUUGGUAUGUUCGGUUUGGGAAGUUUCAAGGGGUAUUGAAGGCGACAGAGAAGGUGGUUAACAUUAGUGUUAAUGGAAUAAAUGCAAAUUUGCACAUGUAUCUUGAUCAGAGAGGAGAAGCUUACUUUCUCAGGGAGGAAGAAGGAGAUGAAGGGGAAUCUGUUUCAUCAUCUUCUAGUGAUGAGACAGAUGAGCAAUCUCAGAAUAGCAGGAGGCCAAUGAAGUCCAGUAGCUGUGAUUUUGAUGGUAAUAAGUUAAAUUCAUGUGGUCAGAUUGAUGGAAAUAAAGAGAAGAAUGUUGCUAGGACUAAUUCCCGCCGGUCAAGGAUAUUUGGUCUUGUUUUUGGAAGGAGGCCAAUGAAAGAAGAUGGUUAUCAAGAUGGAAGUAAUAAUGAUGGUGCUGGUGUGGUAAGGAUAAGUUCAUUGGAUCGUGCAGAGAUUGCAGCCAACCUCUUGGAUGUGAAGUGGUCAACUAAUCUUACCACUAGUAAGUCCGUGAAAGAAAAUGCUUCACAGUUUUCUGCUUUAGAUACAACUGAUGGUAAAGGGGACAGAGAGAGGCUGACCAAUGAUGGACAAAGCCAGGUUGGCUCAUCUGUGCAGGAUGCCACUGAAGCCAGUGUGGGCCAUUAUGUGUUUUCUGAGGAAACAGGUUGUUGUAAUGUGCAAAUGGGCAACAGUUCCCACUCUGGCUUUGAGAACAGGAAAUUUUCUGUUGAGGAAAUUAGUGUAGGAAUGUCAAGUUCAGGUGCCACUGAACAAAUUGUUGAGGCUUUGAUGUUAGAUGAAAGUGCUUUGGAAGAAAAAUUGGAAGAAAUAUCUUCAAUAGCAAGAAACACCAAUGAACCUGGUUUACAGAACGCUGAUCAAGAUGACAAUUCUGAGGGUGUAAUCUCUGAUUUUUCUUGUUCACAUUCACAAAUCGUGGAUGUGUUCGGAACAUUUCCCAGCAAGAAGUUUGAUCAAGAAUGUGUAUCUGAUGAAAGAAACGUUGCAUUAGCAGGUUUUGGCAUUUCUGAGGAGAGUGGAUCCAAUGGAACUCAAUCCUUCAUUUACUGCGAGAAAUCUGAGAACUCACUAGUAGGGUUGGAUGGUUCAAAAGAACAAACUGAGGAAACACUGUGUCUCACUAGUGGUGGACCUGGGGAUGUUAACAUUUGUGCUGAAACUUUGCAUGUGACAACCGAAUUACUACCUGAGGAUACAGUUACUGAGCAAGCUGAGGAAAUAGAAUUGGAGACAGUAUUCACCAAGUCUUGUGAUAAUUACCCUCAACUAACAAAUCCAUCUCCUCCUUCGGUAUGUGGCUGUGAUGUGGUGAAUUUUGAAGUUCCAUUGGCAGUGCCAAAAUCCCAUGCUCAAAUGAUCACUGUGGACCCUAUACUUGAUUUGACUGAAGCAGAUUCAAAGAGCAUUAGCUCCAUUUCCAAUUUUACCAUAUCAGUUUGUCAAUUUGAAAAUGGGAGAAAUAUUGCGUAUCAAAUUGCCAGAGAUGAGCUGCGACCUUCCUUGAAAUCAGUGAGUGGUUUAGAACAACUUCAUGGUGAUUGUGACCUGGAAAAAGCAGUUAGUGUUCCAGUAUCAGAGAAUUCAGAGGAGGAACAAUUCAUUUUCAGUGAUCUUGAUAACUUCAAACACAGAGAAACUCGUGAAAAUUUGAAUUUUUCAGAUGUUGUAGUUGAAGAAAAUAAUCCCUCAUUUUCUACUGAGUGCACUAACGAAGUGAAUAAGCCUCUCAGUAGAAAUGAUAAAUCCUUUUCUUCUCAAGACAGCUUUUUCCAAAAGAAUCAAUUGGCUGAUGUUGAAACCCUGAUGGAAAAUUCAAAGGGAGCAUCAAGUCCCAUUUCUAUUCCUAACCUUCAUAACACUGCUCAUAUGAAAGUUGGGUGGUUGGCAGAAUCAUUACCCGAUAUGUGGUCUUGCAGUGACAAUAUGGGUACAGAGGACCUCCAUCGUCCUUUAAGCCAUUCACUGGACUCAGGUUCCAAACCCUUGGAAUGGAAAUUGCAAAACAAGGAUGAGUCAUGCUGUAUAAAUUCAGACACAGACAAGGAAAGCCAAUCAUCACCAGAGCUCUCAAAUAGGAAAGAUUCUCAUAAUCCAGAAGAUAUAAAAAAUAGUGUUGCCAAUCCUGCUGUUGGGGAUCUAUCAGAAGCCAUUGUUACAACUGGUGGAAGCUGGAAACUCUGGCCUUUCACUUUUAGAAGAUCAAGAUCUAGGAAGACCACGCAGUCAACUAUUACUGAUGCCAGGAGUUCUGAUGCUGAGAAAGCUUCAGAUAGCAACAUUGAUAUGGAUUAUGAUAGAAAUGCUGUUAAGACAAAGGUCUCCAAAAAGAUGGUAAGGGCGAUUACCCCAACAUCUGAAGAGUUGGCAUCCUUGAAUCUGAAGGAAGGGAGUAAUACAGUAACAUUCACAUUCUCCACUGCAAUGCUGGGAAGGCAGAAGGUGGAUGCUAGAAUUUAUUUGUGGAAAUGGAACACUCGCAUAGUGAUCUCAGAUGUUGAUGGGACGAUAACAAAAUCAGAUGUUCUUGGUCAGUUCAUGCCUUUAGUUGGGAUGGAUUGGUCACAAACAGGCGUUGCACCUUUAUUUUCAGCUAUUAAGGAAAAUGGGUAUCAAUUGCUUUUUCUAAGUGCUCGUGCAAUAUCUCAAGCCUAUCACACUAGACAAUUCCUAGUCAACCUUAAGCAGAAUGGAAAGGCUUUACCAGAUGGUCCUGUAGUUAUAUCCCCUGACGGUCUUUUUCCUUCUUUAUUCCGUGAAGUUAUUAGAAGGGCUCCUCAUGAAUUCAAGAUUGCAUGCUUAGAGGAUAUUAAGGCGUUGUUUCCUUCAGAUUGCAAUCCUUUCUAUGCUGGUUUUGGUAAUAGAGAUACAGAUGAGAUUAGCUACCUUAAGGUUGGAAUCCCGAAGGGAAAAAUCUUCAUCAUCAAUCCCAGGGGUGAGGUUGCUGUGAACCGCCGUGUUGACACAAAAUCAUAUACUUCGCUUCAUGAUCUUGUGCAUGACAUGUUCCCAGCCAUGACAUCAUCUGAGCAGGAGGAUUUUAAUUCAUGGAAUUUCUGGAAAUUACCUCCUCCUGUUGUCGAUAUUUGAUUGGUGUCAACUGGAGACAAUUGCUUAAACCCCGGAAUACUGAUAUAAACUGGUUUUGGCCAUGCUUGUUAUGGCACUACUCAGGUUUCAUGUGGCCAAGAGCUACGGCAGAAGUCUCACCACGCUUUGUUAGUUCUAGCCUGGCUGUAUCUGUUGAUGGCCCAAAAGGAGUUCAUGGAAGAUAAUGCACAAAAAAUUGAAUUCAUUAUACGUUUAUCUUGCAUCAGAAACAGUUAUAUGCACGAUAUUGGAUAGAGCAUACCUUCAGUCCCAUGAAUGUAAGCUUUUCUCAUGGGAAGGAGGCAUCCCUGGAAAACAUUAAUGUAUAAUCCUCAGCAUGAAAUGCAUUGUCAUUCCUUGUUA